CAGGGACUCCAGACAUGGUGGCUAGCUGAAGGAGACCUACAAUUUGGCUCAACUUUUGAGCCAAAAAAAAAAAUCCAAAAAAAAAAACCCUCAAAGAUCGGCGGGGUUUAAAUUGAAGAAACCAAUCUGCUGUGUUUCUCUUGUAGAUCCGUCCCCAUACCAGAACGGUGGAUGUGUAUAGCGAAUAUAUUCUGUCUUGAUGAACUGGGCUGUGUAGUGAUGCAGGAGACAGCAGCUCUGACAGUCAGUGGGGUUUAAGAUGGCAGAUUUUAUUGAGUUUUGAGCUGACAUCUCUCGUUAUUUUUUUGCCAUGAAUAACAGAAGACCUUGCACCGAUGGCCCUCAUGUACCAAGGUAUGGCCUCGCAAGUGCAAGUAUUUCCGCCACACACUCUCCAGUCAAGUGCCUUCUUUAGUGUAAAGAAGCUAAAGGUGGAGCCAAGUUCUGACUGGGAUAUGACAGGGUACGGCACUCAUAACAAAGUGUACAGCCUGAGCAGCAAGAACAUACAAGCCACCCAGGUGGCCAUUAACACCUCCACCCUUCCCUACGACCCAGCGCUUAUCUUCCCAGCCAGCACCGGGCACAUUGUGGUAACUUCAGCCAGCAGCACUUCCGGAGCAGCCGGGCAGCUGCUGGGCAUUACCUGUCACAACCUGAUGCGCCGCAGUACAGUGAGCCUUCUGGACACGUACCAGAAGUGCGGGCGUAAACGCAAGAGUGAGGAGAUCGAGAACAACAGCAGCGUCCAGAUCAUCGAAGAGCAUCCGCCAAUGACACAGAACACCGUCAGCGGGGCCACUGUUGCCACGGCCACCAGCUCCACAGCAACCUCCAAAAACAGUGGCUCCAACAGUGAGGGGGAUUACCAGCUGGUCCAGCAUGAGGUUGUCUGCUCAAUGACCAACACCUACGAGGUCUUGGAGUUCCUUGGCCGGGGGACCUUUGGGCAGGUAGUAAAAUGCUGGAAGAGGGGCACCAACGAGAUUGUGGCCAUCAAGAUCCUGAAAAACCACCCUUCUUACGCCCGACAAGGGCAGAUCGAAGUCAGCAUCCUGGCCAGGCUGAGCACUGAAAGCGCAGACGACUACAACUUCGUCAGGGCCUACGAGUGCUUCCAGCACAAGAACCACACCUGCUUGGUCUUUGAGAUGCUGGAGCAGAACCUCUACGACUUCCUGAAGCAGAACAAGUUCAGUCCCCUCCCCCUCAAGUACAUCCGACCCAUCCUGCAGCAGGUGGCCACGGCCCUCAUGAAGCUUAAGAGCCUGGGGCUCAUCCACGCAGACCUCAAGCCUGAGAACAUCAUGCUGGUGGACCCAGCCAGGCAGCCGUACAGGGUGAAGGUGAUAGACUUCGGCUCGGCCAGUCAUGUCUCCAAAGCUGUGUGCUCCACAUACUUGCAGUCCAGAUAUUACAGAGCUCCAGAGAUUAUCCUCGGUUUACCAUUCUGUGAAGCAAUCGAUAUGUGGUCGCUGGGAUGUGUCAUUGCAGAGCUGUUUUUAGGGUGGCCGUUGUAUCCGGGGGCGUCAGAGUAUGAUCAAAUUCGGUACAUUUCUCAGACGCAGGGUUUGCCAGCGGAGUACUUGUUAAGUGCUGGGACAAAGACAACAAGGUUUUUUAACAGGGAUCCAGACUCUGCUUAUCCACUGUGGAGGCUCAAGACAUCAGAAGACCAUGAGGGCGAGACAGGAAUCAAGUCAAAGGAGGCGAGAAAGUAUAUUUUUAACUGUUUGGACGAUAUGGCACAGGUGAACAUGACAACAGACUUAGAGGGCAGCGAUAUGUUGGCAGAGAAGGCAGAUCGCAGGGAGUUUAUUGACCUGUUAAAGAAGAUGUUGACUAUAGAUGCAGAUAAGAGAAUAACCCCCAUUGAAACUCUGAACCAUCCUUUUGUCACAAAGACACAUCUCCUUGAUUUCCCUCACAGCACACAUGUCAAGUCUUGCUUCCAGAACAUGGAGAUUUGUAAGCGCAGGGUGAACAUGUAUGACACUGUUAACCAAAGCAAGACCCCUUUCAUUACACAUGUGGCCCCCAGCACUUCCACCAACCUGACAAUGACGUUCAACAGCCAGCUCAACACUGUACACAACCAGGCCAACCACCUGGCUCCCACCUCCACCAGUGCCACCCUUUCCCUUGCCAACCCCGAUGUCUCCAUACUAAACUACCACUCUGCACUCUACCAGCCCUCCGCAGUGGCCCAGAGGAGUAUGCCUCUUCAGACUGGAGCAGCGCAGCUCUGUGCCACCAGACCCGACCCCUUCCAGCAGGCUCUCAUCGUGUGUCCACCUGGGUUUCAAGGGCUGCAAGCUUCUCCAUCGAAGCAUGCCAGCUACUCAGUGCGGAUGGAAAAUGCUGUCCCUAUUGUCACUCAGGCCCCUGGAGCUCGGCCUUUACAGAUUCAACCAGGACUACUAACACAGCAGGCCUGGCCUAGCGGGACCCAGCAGAUCCUGCUCCCCCCAGCCUGGCAGCAGUUGACAGGAGUGGCAGCCCACUCCUCAGUGCAGCACGCGGCCGUCAUCCCUGAUACCAUGGCAGGGACACAACAGCUGGCCGACUGGAGGAAUUCUCAUCCCCACAACAGCCAUUAUAACCCCAUCAUGCAGCAGCCUGCCUUGUUAGCUGGCCAUGUGACACUCCCAUCCGCCCAACCUUUGAAUGUGGGUGUCGCCCAUGUGAUGAGGCAACAGCCAACAACCAGCAGCUCCUCUACCAAAAAGAACAAACAGCAUCAGAUGUCGUCAAGGAACGUGUCGGCCUACGAGGUGUCGUCCACGCAGGCAGCGAGCUCCCCGCAGCGCUCGAAGCGAGUGAAGGAGAACACGCCCCCUCGGUGUGCCCUGGUGCAGAACAGCUCCUUGGCCUGCAGCUGGGGAGAGACAGCCUCCAGUACCACCAGGGAGCACCACCAGAGACAGACCAUCGUCAUCCCGGACACUCCCAGCCCCGCCGUCAGCGUCAUCACCAUCAGCAGCGACACGGAUGAGGAGCAGGAGGAGCAGAAGCACGCCCCCAGCAGCACAAAACAGAGGAAGAAUGUCAUUAGUUGUGUCACAGUUCACGAUUCCCCAGACUCUGAUUCGUCCAGUAAUAACAGUCCCUAUGCUGUAGAGCACCGCCUGGGCCUUACCAACGGAAACAGCUACGACUCAAAGGGAAUGCUGGAUAACCACGGCAAUGACAAUCCACGGACCAUAAUCAUACCGCCACUCAAAACACAGUCCAGUGAAGUUUUGACUGACUGCGACAGGCUGGUGGUGCCAGACACAGUCGCUCAUCAUUCAUCAGUGUACAAAUCCAAAAACUCCAACACAGCGGUCUCUGUCAGCAGUCACUCAUCAGGUAGCUCUUCGGGAGCGACAGCCUACAGACAGCAGAGAUCAGGGGCACGCUCCUUCCAGCAGCAGCCCCUUAAUCUCAGCCAGGUACGGAAAGACAGGCCUGUCUUAGUCACAUCACAUUUAUUGGCACAGCAGCACUUGGCGGCAGAGAGGAACGGAGGCCACCGCAGGCAGCAGGCUUACAUCACCCCCACGAUAGCACAGGCACCUUACUCCUUCCCGCACCACAGCCCCUCACACACGGGCGUUCACCAUCACCUGGCAGCAGCCGCCCACCUUCCCGGGCAGCCACAUCUCUACACUUACACUGCGCCCACCGCCCUGGGCUCCACAGGGACAGUUGCCCACCUUGUGGCGUCGCAGGGCUCGGCCCGUCACGCGGUCCAGCACACAGCCUACCCCGGAGGCAUCGUCCACCAGGUUCCAGUCAGUAUGGGCCACCGGGUCCUCCCCUCACCCACCAUUCACCCCAGCCAGUAUCAGGCGCAGUUUGCCCACCAGACCUACAUCAGUGCAUCACCAGCUUCUGCUGUCUACACUGGAUACCCACUGAGUCCCACCAAGGUGAACCAGUACCGUUACCUCUGAAAACACUGGAGCAAGAACAACGCUGCUUUAGACAGAAACGUUUUACAAAAAGAAAACAUGCAAGGCAUCAGAAAAAAUGACCCUUUAAACUUGAAGACAAAAUAAUAAAUGAAAGAAAAAAUCGCCCCUCAAAUAAGAAGUGGGGAGGAAUUUUUUUAAUUUUCUUUUAAAGAAAUAUUAAAGUAAACGGGCCAGUGCUCAUUCAACUAGUAGCAAUCCUUGAAGGCAAAUCUUUCCAUUUUCAACGGCCUAUCCUGCACCAAAAGGCCUUUGAGAAAGGUGCCGUUUUGUAUUUAUUUAUUUUUCGUUUAUUUAGAUUUUUUUUAAUGACCAAUAAAUGGAAUGAUAAUUUUUCACUCUACAAGUGACCUCAAAUGGGAAGGUUAUGAUCACCUCACAGUGUAAAAGACGAAAAAGAUCCCUGCUGCUCUUCAAUGAAAAUUGAUGGCCUUGAACUGUCUAACAAUUUCCAAAUCAGAAAUGAGGGAACAAGCUCGCCCUCUUCAAAUCGGUGUGUGUGUAUGUGUGUGUGUGUCUAUAUAUAUAUAUAUAUAUAUAUAUAUAUAUAUAUAUAUAUUCUAGAUAAUUUAUAGCUUUUAUUUUUUUUUUGUUCUGUUAAUUUUAAGGAAGUAUAUUCCUUUUCUGGUUUUAUUCCCUUCAAGGUAGACAUUUUAGCCGGGUCCCUUUAGAAUGUAGCAGUAUGCACCCUUUUUAAACUUGAUACCAAUAGAUUUUGUUUCUCUUAAUGUGAUUGCACAAAGUGGUUAUGAUAACAUGGCAUGUACAAUGUGAUCGUCUAGGUGUGUGUGCGCUAUUGCCCCGUGUAUGGUCUAUCCUUAGCACAACUGUGCAACUGUAACUACUCAUAGUCUUAGCUUUUAACAUUGUUCCCUUGUAGUGCCUUACAGAUUUGCAGACACAGUUUAAAGUUUACUUCACUGGAACUGGCAGAACCAAGGCUGGUUUGGAGGCUACCUAGAUGGAUGAUGUUACUGUCCUUGUUGUUCUUGUGGUUGAGACACACUUCCAGGUGUAAGCUAGGCCUGAAAUAGUCUCAUAUGUUAAUGUGUCCAAUCCUGAUCUCCACCAACUGCUAAAUAAGCACAUUAACCUAUUUGAUAUUGUAAACAUUGACUCACUGUUUUUGGUAUUAGCUACAAACACUUUUAUGAAAUCUCAACAGAGUUUGGUACUUACUAAGGUAACUUCAGUUCAUAAGAAAAUAAUGUUUGUACUGCUGGGUUGCAAAUGGUACUUUCCUUGCAGCUAUUAUAUACAGUUUUUAUAUACUGUGUUUUUUGUUUUUUUCUCCUGUCACUGUGACACACUGUACCACAACAGCUGUUAGUCAUGCCAUGGUAGAAAUAUCCAAUGAAAGAGUUUUGAUUAAAUUAAGUGCCAUAUAACCAUGCGGUUCUGUGAUAUGUAUGUAUGCAUUUUUAUUGUGAGGUGUAGGAAGGAGUUCCCAUGAGAAAAACGAUGAGUCGAGGGGUAUCAUACAGCAGAAAUGUACUAGCGGGGCUCCCAAGUGGCACAUCCAGUAAAAGCACUCGCGUAGAGUGCAGGAUGCGCCCCAUAGUCUGGAUGUCGUCGAGGCUAUUUCUUUGCCAACAGAGGACAGGAGCUCCCAGGGGGCGAUGCACAAUUGGGUUAGGUCGGCCAGGGUGUCCUCGGCUCACUGUGCACCAGCAACCCUUGUAGUCUGGCCGGGCGCCUGUGGGCUUGCCUGUAAGCUGCCCAGGGCUGCAUUGUCCUCCGACGCUGUAGCUCUGGGUGGCUGCAUGGUGAGGCUGCAGUGUGUAAAAAAAGCAGGCGGCUAACGGCACAUGCUUCGGAGGACAGCGUGUGUUCAUCUUCGCCCCUCCCGAGUCAGCACUAGAGUGGUAGAGGUGUGUUGAGCCUAAAAAUAAUUGGACAGUACUAAAUUGGGGAGAAAAUAACAAAAAAUUAACUGGCGACUACUAAAUUAAAAAAAUAAAUAAAUAAAAAAUAAAUGUACUAGCUAUGCAGACCAACGUGCUGAUGUAAUCCAACCCAUCGGGUGUCCAUAGAGGAUCUGUUAUCUAUUGAACUACUGAAACUUAAAGAAACAGGACUGAUUCUCACAUUCAGAAGCUGGGGAAGGGAAAGGGGGAACAUCCCUUUGACAGCCUGUUACAGUAUGCUGUAUAUCCCUUACUGGAUGGAUUACUACAUUACCACCCAUGGCUUAACUCAUCUUGUUCACUCAAGUAUUCCCCUGCAAUAAGUGGGGUAUGGUUCCUUUGACUGCAGCAUAACAGGGAGAAUCUUAGUGUAUGUAUUGGCAUGUCAUUGUCUAAAUUAGCCAGCCAAAUAUAAACUCAGUGAAAGAGUUGAAUAUUUGUAUGCUAUGUGUGAGAUUUGUGAGGCGUUGACGAGAAAGAUCAAAGAGAGAAUUGGUGGGGUGGGUGUCAUCAGUUUUGGAAUUGAGAGGUUGGGGUUGAGUAUGUUGGUGCAAAAAAUGAAUGGUGUCAUAAUUACACAGAAAUGUUUGAAUAAAUCUGUUACUGUGACUAACUGAAAUGAUUCAGGUUUAGUUGGAGGUCCUGUUAAAUAUUCAAACACAUUUCAACUGAAAAUAUUGUGUGGAAAAUUCACAAAGCUGUGGUUUAGCGUACACCUGGAAGAAGCUUUUUGGAAUUUAAAUUGUAAACAACAUGUAAAACUUUGUUCUACAGGAUAGAAAUGAAAAAACUUAGAAUGGGUAGCUGACUUGAUAAUUAGACUAAAGCGUCUUCUAUUUGCUGCUUAAUUUGAAGCAUGUAGGGGUAUUUUGGUGUAAUUCUUUAAGCUUUAUUUUAACCAGUGUUUCAGGUUUUGAUUUUGUAAUCUAUUUCUUUAUAUUAUAUGAAUUAGGCACAUAAAACAGCUUAGUGAAGAAAGUGAUAUGUGUUUUAAAUCCUUUUUUAUGUUGUGUUUCUUAGCUAUAUAUCCAUUAACAUUUUGGGUAGACCCAUAUUGGUUGGUUCAGCAUAGAUUGUAUAUAAAUGCUGAAAGAGUUUUCUGGUGAAGGUAUGUUAGCAUUUAGAGGCUGAUGCAAUAAUUCUGUGUACUGUACUAGCAGUAUGAAGUGAUUCAUUUAUAAUUUUGCUUGGUUUUGUUGAUUUUUUUAAAACUGAGUUUUAAAACCAAGGCCCCAUUUGUGAAGACAAUUAACACUGGUAUGAUUUGCUGUAAAUUAGGUAGAGUACUUUAUCUUAAAAUCUAUUUUGGGUGCAGCAGAGGUUGGAAUGAAUAACCGAUUGCACUAAACCCCAACUUGUUUCACGCAACUCUGCCCUCCAAAAAACAUAGACAUUUCUACAAAGAUGGAUUCAAACAGAUCAUUUUAUUACUUUUUACACAUUUUCACAAUAAUCGUCAAUCUUUUUUAAAGUUGUGGGUUCAAUACAGUAAGUGAGAAACUUCAAAAUACUGUACACAGCAUUUACCACCAAAGCAGUGAAGUGUAAUGUUGAUCGAGCUAACAGUUGGGUUUUCAAUGGGGGGGCAUUGACUUAAGCACAUGGUGAAUGGAGCUGAAUUUCACAGAAACUAAAAACUUGACUUCACAGAAUUGUCUUUAAAACAUUCCAUUCGGAAGAUGCUCUCCCUUCCCGGCCUGCCUGCCUUCCUUCUUGCAAGAGGACGCAUCAUCUGAGCUAGCCAACAAACUUGCACUUCCACAAAGAAAGCAUUAGAACCGUGUGGGUGUUAUUUAGUCAUUUUGGUUUUAUUUUAUUCACCAAAGAAAUACAGUUGUAUAAUGACGAUUAUUGUGUUAUUAUUACCCCCAUUUGUCCAUGACUGCCAGGCAAUAAUAUCCAUUACUGUUUUUUGCUCCUUUAUUUGUUUAAAAUGAAAGCCUUCUUGUAUCGUUUCCAUGUCUGAAAACCCCCCUUUUUUUUUUAGAAAAAACUGUACUUGCCAACUUUUCUUUGGAAAGGACUACAAAUAUAUAUAUAUUAGGUCCUAUGCACAAAGCUUUAACUCAGGCCUUAUAUUGUAAUAUUCUGAAUACAGUUCAAUGUGAUGUUUAUAACAUUGUUCAAGACUGUUGUGGGCUUUGACAACAGCAGUCUAGAAGAGUUUCAUGUAUAUCAAAUGUUACUUUAUUAAUAAAAUAUAUAUUUUAAAAACUGAGUUAAAGCUUUGGGAAUAGGGCCCCCCCCCCCCAAAUAAAACACAAAACCUUUAAUGACAUUAUCGAGGCCACACUAUGUACUGCUCUCUACCAUGCUAGGUAAUAAUAAUAAUAAUAAUAAUAAUAAUAAUAAUAAUAAUAAUAAUAAUAAUAAUAAUAAUAAUAAUAAAGUUGUAAACUCUAUAAUGUGAUGUUCAUUUCUUCAUGGCGAUUUACUGUAGGCCUGGAAAGAAAUACUAAUUCAAUGGUACAGACUGAAUGUAACUGAAUAUGAAAGACCAAUUAAAAGCAUGUUCUGUGUUGCCGUUUGUGAUGAGUCAAUGCUGCUAGUCUAUACUUUCUUGAUAAUAAGUAGCCCAUAAUACACGUUUUAUUUAAAGUACAGUCCAGGAUACUUUUGUGAUGUUUUGACAUCUUUAAUACAUGAAGUCAUUUAUGUCAGUACAUAGCUGAACUGUGCUGAUAUUUUUUGUAAAAAAAAAAAAAAAGACAAACACAAAAAAAUGUGUACUGUUUUGAAAACAAACCCAGAGUCAAGAUUCUUGAUGUCAAGUGUAUGAGCCCCAUGUUUUUUAUUUUUUAAACCACAUAGAAUUUGUGUUACGGUAGCCCUAAUAAACCCUAGAAAACCUGAUACCAUUUUUGUGAAUCUACCAUGGAUAGUAAGAACAAUACUCAACACCUCCAUUUUAGUAUUGAACACGAUAAGUUAAGCAAAUCAAAAGUUACAAGUAUGUGUAGUACUGUGUGUGUGUGACGGGAAGUUGACAGUGUGUAAAAUGUGUCACGGGUAGUUAACAGUGUUCUGUAUCCAAAACAUAUUUUUCUGGUUGUCAUGGGAGGGUUUCCAAGAUGUAUAAGAGUGAUGCAUCUGUGUCAUUGUUGUUAGAAUACAGAAAUAAGGAUUUGGCAAAAAACAAAACUCAAAUAAUGUCAAGUAGUUACACAGUUUUGCCAUUUAUUAAUAUUUACUACAAGCACACAGUUACGAUUGUGAGGAACAUGCAUCAAUACCAUGUAUUUAACAAUCAUAUUCAUUUCAUUUUAAGUACAUGUCUUAAGUAUUGUAACAAAAAUGUAGAUCAGUGUAUUUAAUUUACCUGUAUUUUGAAAUCUAGUGGCUCACCGAAAACAAACAAAAAACAGUCUUAAAACAAAGCAAAACCAAAUAGGAUCUUACAUUAAAGCAAUUGCUGUAUUGUUCAAAAUACAUUGAAUACGUUUCCCCUGAAAACAUUUAGAAAUGCUGUCGCAGGGCUCCCAAGUGGCGCACCCAGUAAAGGCACUCUGCCCUAUAGCCUGGAGGUUGCCGGUUGCCGGAUUCCAGGCUAUUCCACUGCCGACCGUGGAUGGGAUUCCCAGGGUGCGGUGCACAAUUGGCCAAGCGCCACCUGGGGGGGAGGGCUUAGGUCAGCCAGGGUGUUCUCGGCUCACUGCGCACCAGUGACCCCUGUAGACUGGCCGGGCGCCUGCAGGCCUGCCUGUAAGUUGCCCAGAGCUGCGUGGUCCUCCGACGCUGUAGCUCUGAGGUGGCUGCAUGACAGGCCUGCAGAGUGAAAAGAAGCGAACGGCUGACGGCACACAUUUCGGAGGACGCGUGCGUCCGUCUUCAUCUCUCCCAAGUCAGCGUGGGGGUGGCAGCGGUGAGCCGGGUUGAAAUAAACAAUAAUAAUUGGGGAGAAAAUAAGAAAAAUAAUUGGCGAUUCCAAAUUAAAAAAUAAAUGCUGUCACCUGUGCUGAAUACAUGUGAUUGUGCCAAUGUAAAGUGCAUUAGCCCUUCGUUAGAGGGUUGGCAAGUAUAGUCUUACCAGGUAUUAAAAGUUACACAUUUUUGUUUUUAAUUUCUAUUACUGUUUUUUUUUUUGUUACUGGUUCUUCUUGUGACUUAUUUGGGGUUUGAUGUCAUGCAAAGUCAAAUUUCUUAACACAACCAAAAAAAAUAUAGUAAUUUGAAUCAAAGAAUAAAAGCAGUUUUGUACAAAUGUUUGCAUUUGAUUGGGUCCAAACCCUCCUUUCCCCCAGAACGUCUUAAUAAAUACAUUUAGAAAUGGGAGCAAACACAAAGAGAAAAGAUGGUUUGGUUUCCGCCUUUCUGCUGGCUCAGUGGAGCCUUGUUUUCGAAUCAAAUUCACUGGGUUUCUACUCCACCUCUAUAACACGGUAAAGCUUGUUAUAGCUUUUUUCAGUUGUAUUCAUACAUUAUACCUCUAUAAGCACAUUACAUACCCACAUUAAAGUUAAUAUUGUUCUAGCUAAUUAAAUAUCUUCAUAAGCCUCAGCAAUCGCAAGUACACUUCCAUUCGCUAUGGGAGGUUUGACGGGCAGUUAUGAAAGCAGUAUGUUGUAGCAAAUGUGUAUUACCAUUUUUAAAAUUAUAUCUAGGUUAAAUAAAACCUUUUUUUUGCAUGCCUUAUAGUUUCUAGGUUUUAAAAAAAGUGAAACAACCUAGGAAGUGUAAUAAUAACAAGACUACCUGAAAGCAGAACUCAUAAAAUGAGAGCUUUCUUUAACUAAGGCCCCAUCAAUUUAAUUAUUUUUUAUCUGGAGUUUUAGAAAAGUGUAAAUAGGUCAUUGAUGAUGUACUGUAUUAAUCAAAUUAAAAACAAGAAAAAAUACAUUCUCCAUUUCUAAUGCAUGAAGUUAUAUUUUCCUAAAUGCUUGUUCCCAUCUGCAGCUUAAUUUAACCAGGGCCCUGAUAUGGUACCAGAUAUCAUUUGAACUGAAAAUACAUGUGUGGUGUGACAUGCUUCUUUCAAAACUGCACAUUUGCUGUCUAUGUAGCGUAUGGAAGUGCCUGACAGUUUAGAUUGAUGGAAAUAUGUCAUUAGCUUUAAUCCCAUUAAAAUGACACAUUGUAAAGUUCAGCAUUAGCCCACUCAAGGAUCCACCAUAACCAGGAACACACAAAACAAAAAUCAUAACAAAGUAUUUUCUACAAGGUCUUCUCAACGUAAUGCAACUAUCUCGGAUUGCUUCUAUCCCUUCUAUGUAUGUAUGGUUUCUGUAUAAAGUGUUAUUUCAUGUUAGUCUUUGUGAAAAUAAUGAUCGUGUGCAGCAGUAUUUCCUUGUGUACUUCCUUCUCUGUGGUUUAUUUGUCUUUUUAUGUUUUUUGGGAGGGGAGGGAAGAAGUGUAUCGUCUCUCUUAUGAAUCUGAAGAUGUAGAAAUCUAUGUAUCCUACUCCUUAGUCUGAUAUUAAAGGUAUGUUAUGAGAAUGGAUAUUUUACUGGCUUAUAGAAUGUUUAAAAAUAUAAAAUUCUUAACGGUUGAGUACUGGCUACUAAACGCUUGUGUUACCAUUAAGACGUUGUGUGCUUCUCUUAAUAAUCAUUUUCGUUGUAGAAAAAUGGAGUGAAUUUAUAUUAGUCUUGAAUACUAAUGAUAGCAUUGUAAAUUUACAGAAAAUUGUAACAGAAAAUACCUUAUAGAAGAAUAUAGUUAUUUUAAUUGUUAUAUUUACUAACUGUAGGGUGAGAAGGGGCUCCCGUUGUGGUGAACUAUGUUAUAGCUUGUUAUUCACUUUUACUUUUGAUCAUUUUUUCGGUCUCCCAGGUGAAUCGAGUUAUUAAUCACAAUUUGUAUGCUCACAUAUGCAUAUUGUAUAUGUGUAGAAAUGUAAUCACACUUCGUCUUGGAUUUACAUUAAACUGUUUUAAGUCACUGCA